AUGGCAGACGCAUUAGAUCCUGCGACGAGUGUGCACCAAGGGUUCUGGAAAGAUUGGUCAAAGGACGGUAUACAGGGGCUGACCUGGACACUGUCACCGACGAACGCAAUUAUCCUGACUAACUCCCUUACCCUUUUCGUCACCAUCAUAAGUGUACAGUUAUGGACGAUCAUCCGAUAUACACUGCAUCAGACUGGGGCAACGUCACCUCCGGAGAUGACACCUCAUCUUCGCAGCGAACAGGUCAUAUUGAGAAACGCUGGCAGCGAUCUUGCAACAGCACAGCAUAUGCUAAGUCUUGCCUGGAAAUCUCGACGAAUAUCCGGGAAGCGCUCCCUGCGGUCAUAUGGCAUUGGAUUUCUUGCCCUCAUAUAUGCCGUCAUCUUCAUGCUCUCUGGCAUCUUUUCAAACAGAGCCAUCAGCUCCGGGUCAACAAAUGGUGGAUCAGCGGUCCUUGUGACCAGCAAAUAUUGCGGCGUCUGGAAUGACACAUACUUCGCGAUUGCAACCGGGGGGUUUUCGAAUCAGGAAGAGUUACAGCUCAAUACUCAGUGGGUCGCGAAAGUGGCACACGACAUCCAACUCAGCCUUCAGUAUGCCCAAGAAUGCUAUUUUUCACAGUCAUCGAAUAUGCUGGUGUCCGCCAGAUCCGCAACCUCUAAUGCCACCUCAUCACGCUGCAAUAGUUUGAAAUCCCCGAGCCUGGGAUGGGACACCCGUAAAGGCAGUUGCCCCUUCAAAGAACAGACCUGCCAUCAGGAUUCCAAGACCAUUGUUUUGGAUACGGGUGAUAUUGAUUCCCAUAUGCACCUGGGUAUCAAUGCGCCACCUAGCCAAAGAUUGACCUACAGGAGAAAUACAACUUGUGCUGUUCUUGACGAUAAGAAUUACAUUACCGGUUGGGAUGGAUCUGUAACAAAUACAUCUAGCCCUAACCCUGGCCAGAAGACUGCAUACGCAAACUACGGUCCUUCGCUGUACAAGUCUACCAAUUGGACAUAUUCAUACACAAAUUUUGCGUCAUUCUACAAUAACUUCUCGAGCCAGGUAACGGCACCUUACCUCGUGGAUCCUGAGCGAGCAUACGCCUUUGCAGAACCGCAAUGGUCCACAAGUGAUUUUGCACCCGUUGCCGAAGUGGCUCAAACGGAUGCAGAUCUUACAUUGCUCUUUCUCAGCUUCAUUGGCAUGUAUCUAGGGGAAGUCAAUGACCCAUGGUUCUCUGCCCACGAAGCACAAUUGGUCAACACGAGCACCCCUUUCUUGAAUCAGCGAUAUUUGCGUGACGAAGCCAUUAGCACAAUUGGAUGCACCGAGCAGCAUCAGUUCUGUACGCACAACGGUACCUGUACGGGUUUCCUUGGAUUUGACCAGGUUCAGAAUGUGAAAGAAUUCAACGAUGCGCUUACACCUCACCAGAACGCGACCUUUGAUCGGAUGCUCCGUGCCGUCGCCUUCUCCCUUAUCGCACACGUGGUUGAAAACCUCGGAGUCACAACGACUUCGAUGCUGGCUACCAGUGUGACCAAAACUGGGUCUACCGGCGCAGUCAUAUCAGAGCCACUGCCGGACGAUCAGUGGGAGACAGAGCUCCAGUACUGGCAUAGCGUUGCUAUGGCCCAGCUUCAACGAGGGAUGGCUGAAUGGGCUACGGGACAGAUUGCUCCUUCUCCCCAAUACGUCCAGUAUCUGCUUCCUCCAACGGCUGAGCAAGACGUCUGGUUCUGUAAAAGCAUGAUCAUACCAUCGACAUUCUACCAGUCAUUCAGUGUGCUCGCGAUCAUGGUUAUCGUUAUACUCGGGACGGUUAUAAUUGUUCUCGGCUUUACCAUUGAGAACUUGGCGGCAUGUGUGCGCAGCCGUCUUCGGAAGUCUCCUCCACGAGGCGACUGGGAACACGACGACAUGCUGCGAAGACCGACCUCAGGAAUAGGCCUGAACCUCUCUCGCACAACUCGGCGCGACCGUCAUCCUUCUAUGGCAACACGAGAAAGCACCUUUGAAAAGGAUUUUGAUUCCCUAAUGGGCCUCCGACCGUCAACUAAUCGCAGGAUCUCAUCUCAGGUUCUGGCACCUACUGAUCCUGCUUUCGGCAUUGUGAAUUAUCACACAACGUCCUCCUUCACAGGGAAAAGCAAGGAGAUGAUGAAGGGAUUUUCCUUUCGGCUCGAAGAAAAGGCAUCAAUGCCCAGCAAUCUAGUUGUACCAUUCGAGAAUCCUCGGAAAUCGCCAUCGCCACCGUAG